GGUACACGUGCUCAAAUCAAUUGUGUUAUCACGUUGGCCUGGCUUCAGACGCUAACACAUACUUCAGUUUGUUAGUUGCUGAUGCCUAUCCAGUGCAGGUUUUAUGAGGAUUUAUUUCCCGAGGUUGGGGAUGUAGUGGUUGUGACAGUGAAAGUCAUACAGUCAAUGGGUAGCUAUGUAGAGCUGCUGGAAUACAAGAAUAUCGGAGGAAUGAUAUUACAUAGUGAGUUGUCACGUCGGCGUAUACGAUCUAUAAGCAAGCUUGUCCGAAUUGGGUCUAACACGGAGGUGACAGUUGUACGGGUUGAUAGUGCUAAAGGAUAUAUUGAUUUGUCUAAAAGAAGAGCGUCAGCUGAAGAGAUAACGAAGUGCAAGGAGAGAUUCGCCAAAGCAAAAGCGGUCAAUCAAAUCUUAAGGAAUGUUGCUGAUAAGUUGAAUUAUGAAACCGAUGAACAGCUUGAAGAACUAUGCAGAAAGACAGCUUGGUACUUCGAUAAGAAAACAGGCCGGAAGGCUGGAUCUUAUGAUAUCUUUAAGAGAGUUGUCAACUCACCGGAGAUUCUUGAUGAAUGUGAUAUCGAUGAAGCAACUAAAGAAAUGCUUCUUACGGAUAUCCGGCAUCGAUUAACACCAAAAGCAGUUAAAAUUCGGGCCGAUUUUGAAGUUUCAUGUUUCACAUAUGACGGCAUCGAUGCUGUCAGAAAUGCACUUCGAUCUGGUCUAGAGCUUAAUUCAGAUGCUCUUCCGAUUCGGAUCAAUUUAAUAGCACCACCACUCUAUGUGCUAACGACACAAACAAUGGAUCGAGCUGCUGGCUUAGACCACUUGAAUGAAGUAUUGAAUGUCAUCAAGAAAUCUAUUGAUAGCCAAGGUGGAGCUUUCAAAAUACAACAGGCUGUAAGUUUCAUGCAAUUUGAAUCAGUUUCUUAUUUAUCAAGUUCUUGCUUAGGAUGUCAUCGAGGCUGGUGAUGAAACGUCUACGAAAAAACAACAAAGCCAGAGAAUAUCGAACUACCAUCAUCCUCAUCCUGAGCUAUAAAUCUUUUCCAUCAUUUGGAAUCAGUUUUUCGGUUAAUUAUUUUUGUAGAACUGUUUCCUUCAUUUAGUACUAGGUUAUGCAGAAAUACAGACAAAAUCAACAUAGAGGCUGGCACACAAAUGCAUAGGUUCGAUUUGCCACACUUCACAGUAGAAUAUCAAGAACAGGAGGAUAGAACGAGAGUGAUAUCAAAGUUGUGUAACAGAAUAAACAAUUAGAUGAUGAUGCAUAGUGCAGAUGUUCGAGCUUUGGAAGACAUCAAAGGGUGAAUACAUCUAUGCCAUUGUGCCAGAUUUUCAACCAUUGGCACCAAGAGUCCCCAACCACUAAUUCCUUUCGUCUUGAGGACAGCAGGCAGGCAGUCUACACCCCCCACACGGCUCAGACUAACAGUUGGAAACUUCAUCGACUGGUACCAAGCCUUUGCCUGGCCAGGAUCCUGGACAUCCACCAGCUCCGCGACUGACUCGAAGUCCCUGAGAAGGACUUCGACGUCCCCAUCCUCGAACUCUGCAGGUCAUAGAAUCUUCAUCACAUCCAAAAGCAGCGACACCAAUUGGAAGAAGCAAGAAGAUAGGUAUGAGGGAAGGAAUAUUUAUUGUCAACUAGCGGGACAGUAGUCGUUAAAUAUGGUACACCUUGCACCAAAACCGUCAUUUGCAAAAUACACUUCAUUUCCUCUUCUGUUUCUAUCUUGAUUUGCUCUUCAUACGCUUGCCUUGUCUCUUGAGUUUCUCUUGGCGGAAUCCUUACCCAUUGCUGGUAAUUCUUUAUCAUUUCUACCAUCCUUUCAACAUAUACUACUUAUAUCCAUUCUUAUCAGUAACGCCCACUACACUCCAUUCUACCACAGUUAGGCCAUUCAAUUUUAGGUAUCAGCAUUUUCUUUUGCUUCUAUUGAUAAGUUAAUCCUAAUUUACUAUUACCUUUCAGCCGCGUGUCGUUUCUGACACUGAUGAAGCCGAUCUUCAACGUCAAAUGGAUGAAUUGGAAAAAGCGAAUCGCGAAGUUUCCGGUGACGAAGAUGAUGAGGAUGAAGAUGAUGAAGACGAAGAAGAUGAUGAUGAAGUAUCGGAGGAUGGAGAUCAGAAUGGCCAUAAAUAAUAUACUCUAUGAUCAUUUAUUCAAAUACGUGGAUGAAUAAAACUUGUAUGACUUUGAUUUACUUUACUAUAUUGGUGAGGAAAUGGUAUGAUGGUAGGACAAAAUUGCAUCUAUUUUCAUGCACGACAUUCU